UUUACAAAAAUAAUGUCUUGAAAAUUGUUAUGCUACGAGCUCUAUUGAAAACUUAAGUCAAGCAAUGGCUUAUAGAAAAUGUUGUUUUUUGGAUGCUAUAUAUAUAUAGGCGUGUUGUUUAUAUUUUAAAAUAAAACAAAUGUACUUUGGAUGUAUUUCAGACAUAUUUAAGAUAAUUAUAUUUAAAAUAAUAAGUUUAUAUUCAAGACUAAGUGGCUAAGAAGAUUCUCAAAAUGGCGACCUCCAGACAAAAUCCCCGUCAAAUUGACGGAAGAGAAGAAACGAUGUUUUCGUCCAUUGCUAGUCAAUUCUUUCAGAUGGUGCCUAUACGGAGAAUUCAGUGGCAGAGUGCAGAUGUGCAGAAAGAGGAGCUAGGUGUUGACCAGCAGCGGAUCCUGUUGUCCCUGACUGUGAGGAGCCAACUUUGCCAGAGUUAUCCCCCUUCCACACAGUACCAGAGGGCGUUCGUCAAGAAACUUCUCAGUCUGCUGGAGGAAUAUGAUGUGGAGAUAUGUGACGACCUGUAUGAGGUAUACACGGAUCUUCUACAACAGCAUGACACAGAGGAAGAUGCGCUUUGUUAUAAGACUUUCUCUCUGGGUGAGGAAGAGUCUGUAACAGUAGUGGAGUCAGUUAACAUGAUCUCAUUUGGAACGACUGGCCUCAGCACUUGGCAGGCAGCCCAGCACAUGGCAGAGUGGGCAUUUCAGAAUAAGAAAGUGCUGGAAAACAGGUGUGUGUUAGAACUGGGCUGUGGUGUGGGUAUGCUGGGAUUGGUCGUAUGCCAGGCGUGUGGGGUCAGCUCCUAUGCAUUUACUGACAACAGCAGCCAUGUCCUCAACCUAGUCGCCCACAACGUCCACCAAAACUUAUCCAGGCACAUAUCGGGACCUUACGCUAGCCAUUAUAGGAUUAAAUCUGGCCAGUCAGGACCUGUCAAGCGGGUCAGGCAUUCAAGUGAAGAUGAUGUUCACCAUGUCAGUGCAUGUGGUGGUGAGACUGACCAUACAGAGUGUGAUAGAACAAGACAGGGUGGCAGAAAUAAUUCUGAUGUUGAUGGGGUAGAUGAUUGUGAAAAUAUGAGUACUUCAGUUACAAGUAUUAGUGACUUACAAGAUGGAGAUGAUGGUGCUUUGAAUUUAAAUAGAAAGUAUUGGAAGGAGAUAGGCCAUGAUAUUUUUGCCUAUGAUGCUACAAGAACUGUCAGUGUUGGAAAACUGGAUUGGGAAGCCACUCGUGACCAACUUGAAGAGCCAUACAGGGAUAUAGACAUGGUUCUUGCAGCAGAUGUUGUGUAUGAUGUGCGAGUGAUCCCAGCCCUUGUUCAUGUUCUGAAGACAUUCCUGACCCCGAGUGACGGUCGUAGCCCCUGUGUGGCCUACAUUGCCUCCACCAUCCGCAAUGAGGACACACGAGACCAGUUCCUCAUUGCCCUCAGUGCAGAGGGGCUUUGCUACACACCAUGUGAGUCACCAUCAAGACAGCUUUUCCACUAUGACAACUCAGUACCAAUAGAAAUCAUCAAGGUCACUGCUUAAAUGACAGGGUUUCAAUGUCACUGUGUUUCAAGGUGACUGCGGAAUGACAGUGUUUCAAGGUGACUGCGGAAUGACAGUGUUUCAAUGUGACUGCUUGAAUGACAGUGUUUCAAUGUCACUGCUUGAAUGACAGUGCUUCAAUGUCACUCCACAGUGACUGCUGCAGAACAGCAUUUCAAUGUCACUGCUUAAAUGACAGUGUUUCAAUGUCACUGUGCAUUGACUGCUAAACGACUGUGUUUCAAUGUCACUGCUUGAAUGACAGUGUUUCAAUGCCGCUGUGCAGUGACGGCUGAAGGACAGUGUUUCAAUGUCACUGCUUGAAUGUCAGUGUUUCAAUGUCACUGCUUGAAUGACAGUGUUUCAAUGUCACUGUGCCGUGACGGCUGAAGGACACUUUUUCAAUGUCACUGCUUGAAUGACAGUGUUUCAAUGUCACUGUGCGGUGACGGCUGAAGGACAGUGUUUCAAUGUCACUGCUUGAAUGACAGUGUUUCAAUGUCACUGUGUGGUGACUGCUGAAGGACAGUGUUUCAAUGUCACUGUGCGUUGACUGCUGAAGGACAGUGUUUCAAUGUCACUGUGCGGUGACUGCUGAAGGACAGUGUUUCAAUGUCACAGCUUGAAUGACAGUGUUUCAGUGUCACUGCUUGAAUGACAGUGCUUCAAUGUCACUCCACAGUGACUGCUGAAGAACAGCGUUUUUAAUGUCACUGCUUGAAUGACAGUGCUUUAAUGUCACUCCACAGUGACUGCUGAAGAACAGCGUUUUAAUGUCACUGCUUAAAUGACAGUGUUUCAAUGUCACUGUGCGGUGACUGCUGAAGGACAGUGUUUUAAUGUCACUGCUUGAAUGACAGUGUUUCAAUUUCACUGUGCGGUGACUGCUGAAGGACAGUGUUUUAAUGUCACUGCUUGAAUGACACGUGUUUCAAUGUCACUGUGAGGGUGACUGCUGAAGGACAGUGUUUUAAUGUCACUGCUUGAAUGACAGUGUUUCAAUUUCACUGUGCGGUGACUGCUGAAGGACAGUGUUUUAAUGUCACUGCUUGAAUGACACGUGUUUCAAUGUCACUGUGCGGUGACUGCUGAAUGACAGUGUUUCAAUGUCACUGUGCGUUGACUGCUUGAAUGACAGUGUUUUAAUGUCACUGUGCGGUGACUGCUGAAGGAUGCUGUUUUAAUGUCACUGCUUGAAUGACAGUGUUUUAAUUUCACUGCUUGAAUGACAGUGUUUUAAUGUCACUGCUUGAAUGACAGUGUUUCAAGGUCAUUGCUUAUAAGACUUGAGUUUCAUAUCACUGCUAGAAGGGCACUAUUGACAUUUUAUCAAAGUUCUUAUAUUUAUCAAACAUCAAGGUCACAGCUGGUCUCUUGCCUUGUAUGUGGUGCAAUAUAUAAUUAAAAGUUGUAUUUGAUAUGUGUAAUUGUGCUUCUUUCUAAUCUUAUGACCAUUUCUGACCAUUUCAAAUAGGUCAUUUUAUUAAUCUCUAGUUCAGUGUUGUCCAGGCCGUUGUGCCUUGAAUGUUUUACUACUGGGCUUGUCCUUGUAGUUGUCAUUGUAUGUAAACCAUUGUAAAUACCAUUGAAAAAUAAGUAUGAAUUCAAACAUGCAUGUAUUUCACUGUCCAAUGCAAAACAAUAAGGUUUGUCUUUCUUAACAUUGUAAUAGUAGGUAUAAGAAUUAUGUGGUAUGAAGUUAUGAACACAUGGAGAUCAACAUUUUAGGAACAUUUGUAGCAAGAAAAAUCUCAUUUAUAAAACUCUAUUGUAUCUGGAUUAGGAAUAAAUGCAUACAAGUUUAUGUUCUUUAACAUUUCUAUUUAUGAUUGUGUCUAUAAAGGUUCUAUUUUAAUAAUUGGUAUGUAUAAUCAUAUUCAAUGAAAUGCUAUUGAAGAGACCUAGUUCACUGUACCUUUUGAAAGCUAAAACUAAGUAUAUUUUUAACCAUGAUCGAUCAUUUAUGUACAUUUGUAAUAUACCAAGUGCUAGUAGACAUUGAACAUGCUUUUCCAGUGUUUGUCACUAUCUUGUAGACUCUUAAUGGUGCUUUGUUGUGAAAUUUGCUUACUGUUCAUCAUGUGUAUUGAAUUGAUACAUCUUUGUCAAGGAAAUAAACUUGAGCUGUUAGA